AUAAUUCUUAGUCAACCUUUGCCCCCGAGUGGAAUUGACCACACGUGGAAUUCCACAUUCUCAUUCACCUGUAAUAUUCUGUGAGAGAUAUUAAUUUACCUGAAAAUGUCCUCAGUGAAGAAAGGAGUGGACUUUAUGCGAAGUGUGGUGAAGUAUAUGGCCAAUGAUGGGAGUUUCGGCGGUGCGUGUCUGAAGAAUAUCCAGGUGCUGGACGGUGGCGAUGGGAGACUGAAGGCGGAGUUUAAGGUACUGCCUGAGCACUUGAACAGUGCCGGAGGCCUUCAUGGGGGCUUCACGGCUUCUCUAGUCGAUAUUCUGACGACCGUGGCUCUCAUGACGACGGACACUCAUCCAGGAGUCUCCGUGGACCUGCAAGUGAGCUACCUCAGGGCUGCCAAGGAGGGAGACUCAGUCCUCGUGGAUGCCACUACAGUGAAGACAGGCCGAUCGCUGGCUUUUCUGGAAUGCCAGCUGACGCAUAAAGACAGCGGAGCACUGAUUGCCAAGGGAAGUCAAACGAAAUUCGUCGACUUGGUCAAGACAAAUUACUCCAAGAAUAUUUCAGCCUAAACCAU